AUGGUAGUACCACCGUGGAUAAUUAAUCUAUAUGGUGACAUAGAAGAAACGAAUGUCAUAAUACAAGAGGAACUGACUGAACUAAGUACAAACGAAGAACUUAAGGUUCAGUUUAAAAACGGAUAUCAGCAAUUCUGGCUGCAAAACAACAUACCCGUUACUUAUCCCGUAUUAUGGAAUAUAGCGAGGAAAUUUUUAAUUUCCUUUCCAUCGCCAUACCUAGUGGAAAGGGGGUUCAGCGCUGUUACCAAUCUCCUAACGAAAAAAAGAAACAGACUGGACAUCAUUAGCCGAGGAGAUUUAAGAUUAACCCUUACAAAAUUGACGCCAAAUGUUGAUAAUUUAUUAUUAAAGCAUCAGGUUCAUCCUUCACACUAAAAAUAUUGACUUAUUGCUAUGUUAUUUUAUUUAUAGUUUAUUUUAUGUUUAUUGGUGUCUGACCAAUAAAUGUCCGAAUUGGGAAUAAGUGCUCGCAUUGAUUUUUUUAAAGAACCCCCCUUUAUAGAAAAUAUUUUUUUAAAUUCUGAAAAUUCAAGGAUAGGUACACACUAAAAUUCGUUAAUUUUUUGCCUAUUUUAUUUAAUUUAAUCAAACUAACAGUGAAAUUAUUGUAGAACAUACGUUUAUGUUAUAAUUAAUAAACGAACUCGCUUAUUGUACUAUUUUUUUUUCAAUUGCCAAUGCGGGCACUUAUUGGUCAGACACCUGUUUAUUUAAUGUUACGUAUAUUUUACAUAACAGAUACAAAAUUUUAUUUUGAGUAGUUUUAAUUUAAAUUCAAUUAAUAAAUGUAUAAAUUAACAUGUGUUUUUACUUUAAGUUUUUAACACUAAACUUUACUACAGUUAGAAAUUUACAGGAAAUCAAUAUCAGGUAAGUAGGGGGUCUACCCAACACGGAAAAACAUGGCAAGGGGUCUAAGACACAAAAAAGUUUGGGGAACUCUGAUCUAAACAAACGCAGACGUGAGAUCCUGUACAGAGGUUGGUUGAGACGUGGAUCAAUUUAUUAACACAUUGCAACAUUUCCGACAAAUUAUAUUAUAGCUCUAUCGAAAAAAGCCAGGAUUGGUCUUCCAGAGAAGAUUUAGGUUCCCCAAAUAAAAUUAAAGAGUACUUUACAUUUAAGGAAAAGCAACUGAUACAUCAAACCCACGUUCGUGACUUUAUCUAA